AUUUAUGUAAGUCUUCUACAUUGGUGCGAGCCUCACUGACCUCAUUAACCUCAUUAUCGUCAUCAAACCUUGAAUAUCUGUGGCAUCUUUACAAGAAAAAGUUGAUUGUGGUUGCGGUGAAAAUCUACUAGUCUGUGGUAAGAAUGUAAAAUGUCCCCUUAAACUGGCCAUUCACCUUGGAGUAAAAAUACAUGAAUAUAAAAAUGAAAUAAAAGGAAGAUACUUACGCAGACAAGAACUGAAAAAAAUAAUAACCUGCCCAUCACUAAGACUCUCGCAGCUUGGUGGAUUGGUAAGGUUUGAUUAGAGCAGUCAAAACCCUGGGACUUGCUGCCAACAUUGAGAAUCAGUCAUUCAGAAAUCAGCUGGCUCAUACCACGUUGCAAACAUUUAAAAAAUUGGGCGUUAAAUUGCUGCGGUUGAUUUAGACGUGACGGUGCACGGGCUGUGUAGAUUCGUGUUGUCAGUUCAAAUCCUUAUGACAUUACUUCUAGUCGUUAUUACCCUAUUGUCUUAGUCUCACCAUUUACUCUGUUGCUGGUUACUGUAGAUCUAUUUCAUUUGAUGUAGGUGCAUCUUAUGUCUUUAUUUAGUCGUCGUCUCAUUAUCUUGUUCUCAUCCAGUUUCCCGUGCACACACAGCUCUAUACUCUCCCGUGGAAAUCCUGAUAAUUCUGUCCUGGGAAGUUGUUCGCGAUUGCUUUGUAACUAGCACAAACGCUCGAAUAAACUUUAUACAGUCGUAAUGACCUGCGUGGCCAAAUUUUACGACGAUGUGAUUGAGGAUGUUAUAAGUGGUGUUAAAGAUGAGUUUGUAGAGGAUGGUGGUGAUAUCCAGAUACUUGAAGAACUCAAAAAGUUAUGGAAGUCAAAACUUGCUGAGACCCACGUCUUUAGCCCAGAGCCUGUCGGCGGAAGUGCUGCACAAUAUUUGAACCUUCUGCAACGUUCUCAAGUUCAGAUCCAUCCAAAUGUCGUCAGUUCUGGAAAUUCCUCCGUAGGUUUACCAAUGAGGCAGUUGAAUACAAUCAUCCGAACUGGGUCAGAUCAGACAACAGCAAGCAUGGCGCUCCCUGGUACGCUUUCAGGUUUGCGACUACCUGCAGCACGGGCUUCUGUCUCAGUCCCCACUCAAAUGCGAUCUCGUGAGCCAGUACAGGCUACUCCGUGUUUGGCCUCAGUUAUACUUCCAGCUCAGUCGCAAACACAAAAGCAGCCUCAAACAACCAGCGUUCUUCCCGCUGUGCUUACUUCCAAUCCAAGUGGAGCUCAAUCAAGACCUACUGCAACUACUAACGUUCAACAAGUUACAACACCCCAGCUCGCCACACUGCCUUCAGGUCUUACAGGACAUCUUGUACAAAUCGGCCAACAGACUUAUCUCGUCCCUCAGCCGUUAACAGCAGUCCGUCAACCUGGUGUUCAUCUGGCUGUUCCUCAGUAUAUAGGUAACCCAAGUGUGGCAACCAACAAUUCCAUGGCUUCUGAUUCCAAACCUUUUACUAUUUCAGACAUUGGGCAGUUUAAACAAACACAGGUCGAUGGUGUCCAUGAUAGCGAUGAUGAAAAGUUCUGUGAUACUCCUGUAUCACAAUCGAUGAGUGUACAUGGGCGUCGGAAGAAUCAGAAUAGUGGACAGCACAAUUAUAAUGAUAGUGUUGCAUCCCAUGCCCAUCAUGGUUCAGAUCUAGAAGAUGAUGAUGACGAUGAUGAUGACUUAGUCCCUGCUACUCCUGGUUUCACCCCACACUCGUCUGUUUUAUCUCACUACAACACUAGUCGUUAUGUGAUGGAUACUCCAAGAGAUAUGGGUGGCGGCACACCUCUUGUAAGUGCCCCACCCACUCCUAUGACCCCACCUUCCGUGUCAGUCCCAGAAAGUCACUUACGCCCUGGACAACAGUCUUUAGCUACUCAUUCACUUCACACUGCACAAACACCUGCCUCCAAACGUCGACGACUUUCACCAUACCACGGGAAGAAUACAGAUACAGAUGAAUCUGAGGGUUGUGAUGAUGGCGAAGAUCCAGACAUAGUAACUACUACCAAUACACCGGCCAACCCAAACGAACUAUCCAUAGAAAACUACGAAAAUACUGUUGAUCCUAAGCGAAAAUUGGAUCAAGUGAAGCAAAAACUUAAACAGCGUCCACAACAAGAUAGGAAUCCAGUCAGUCCUAAGAACAGUCGUAUAACAAAACAGUUUUCAUCCCCAACUGAAUCAGAGCUCGGUGUUCCAGAUCAGAUGGAAUUCCUUGAAGGAGAUCCUCUAAAAGCAGAAGAGGAAGGAGAAGAAGAUGAGGAAGAAGAACCUUUGAAUUCAGAGGAUGAUGUGAGUGAUGAAGAACCUGAAGUGCUGUUCGAAUCGGAUAAUGUUGUUGUUUGUCAGUAUGAUAAGAUUCAUCGAGCUCGAAAUAAAUGGCGUUUUCAUCUGAAGGACGGGAUAAUGUCCAUAAAUGGUCGGGAUCAUAUUUUCCAAAAGGCUGUCGGUGAGGCUGAAUGGUAGUUUAAAUGGAAUGUAUUUAGUUAUUAGUUUCUUCAUAUCAAAGGAUAUCGUCGAAAGAUGAAUUUGGCUACUGUUCUCUCUAUUUUCCGAUGCCAUCAUGUUUAGUCACUUGUAUUAAUUGAUGCAAAUGUAAAACCUUGUGAAUGACUAUAGUCGCAAUUGUUGUAUGCCUCUUUUAACCAACUUUGCGUUCUGUGAAGAAAAAGAUAACCAUAACCAAUUUCACUUCCUUGCAGUCAUAGUAAGGUACUUUUAUAGUCGCUUGUAAAAUAGAGAAUAAAUUGAAAACACUAAAAAAAACCAAACCACCACACAAAAUUGAUGAAUUGCACGAUAGAGAUAAAUUGUAGGAUUUGACACCAGUAUUCCUCAGUUAUUCGAUCUUAAUUAUGGUUUAAAAGUUCUUACCUUUAUUCUUUCUUCACUCAUCCUAUGUGUUCACGUUUCAUACUAUAGAAAAGCCUAUAUUUAUUGUGCAUAUAUUGUUCAUUACUUUAUCACAUCCAGUUUUAUUGUGAUUAUCUUUUUGUUUGUGUAUUUUUUAAAGAAAAAAACAUUUUAUUACUGUCUUCCUAACUAAAUCGUUGAUAAUAAUAGCAGUGAUUAUGGUCUUUAGUUAUAUAUAUGUAUAUAUAUUACUGUAUCUAACACACUUGUGACAACAUAGUUACACCUACUGGAAAAGUUUUAUUCAUCGUAUCUGUUUUCACUAACAUUUAGUCAGUAAAUUUGUACUAGUUAUUAAUAACUUGACAAUCAGUGAAUAUGAAAUAAUUGUUAGAUGAAAUGUCGUUAGCAGUAAUGAAUGAUAUAUUGUGUAGGGACUUGAUCAAUUUUCUUUAAUAAUGAUUUAAAGCGCUACAUACCAUAUAUACUGAAGGUCAUAUUUACAAAACAAAUAUUUUCUCAUUCAAUUGAUUACGCGUGCUCCAUUAUUUCAUUACAAUAUGGUUCUAAAAUAAAUAAAUAGGUCAAACAUUUUGUGGAACAAGUGAUGAGUCUUAUGUAAUUAAACUGACAUUGUCCAAGUAAUUGUUUCGUCAUAGUUAAUGAUAGCGAUCUGAUCUCUUUUUUAAUCCAUUAGAUAACUGUCAUUCCACAUUUCUGGUCUGUUUUUUGUUGAUAUCAAUCCAUAGUAUGAGCCUGUUAGGAAGGUAUCAAGCAUUAGACUAUGUAUUGAUUCAAUUACAUCCGUUCAAGUCAAUGUAGUGAAAUCCGUUUUUAUUUCCACUAUUUCACCUAUAUAUUGUUUUAGCCAGCUAAUAAUCAAUACAAGUAAAUCUGUAUAUAGAUAAGCAUGUUUGUUAUAGUUGGACCGAUCAAGUUUUAAAAAGUACUAAGUCAGACAUUUUUUAUUUUAUAAGACCUUAGGUUGGAAAUUUACCGGUAGCUAACUUUUGGUGCUCCACUUUGAUAUACGUGUUUACCUUCACGCUAGCUGCUAACUGAAACUCCAAGUCGUGGCUAAAGGAGUUGAUUUUCAAAAAUCAAAAUUCGAGUUCUAAUUUCUCUUCAUCCACUUCAAUUCGGCUAGCCCAAUCACUUGUCCAUACUAACAGUUUGGCGCAAACUCGAGCUCAGAAAUUUGCACUUGCUUACUGAACCCACUAAUAAAAACCAGUAAUCAUGAUAACAUAAGAACUAAAAACCCUGG